CAAAAAAACAGAUCGGAUCUUGCACGCUAAUUUUACAUAGUAAAAAUAUAACAAGUUUUAUCAGUAAAUAUUAGAAAAUGAUGUCCCAAGAAGAUCUUGCUCGUUUUGAAACACUUUGUCAAUCUAUUUACGGACAAAAGGAGGAAGCAAGAAAGGAUGCUGAAAGACAACUUUUCAUGUUCCAAAAAUUAGAAAGCUAUCCUAAGUUGGUGCUAAUCUUUGAUAAGAGCAAAGACCCACAUGCUUUAUUCUUUGCAUCCCAACAAAUAACCAAGCUAUUGACAAGUCAUUGGAAUAGUUUUUCUAAUGAUAAAAAGACAGAUCUUCGAAAUUAUCUUUUGAAUUAUUUAGCUAGUUGUGGGUUUGAACUUCCAAAGUUUGUAUCUUCUGAUUUAUUUAAACUUGUUGGUAGAUUGACCAAAUUAGGAUGGUUGGAAGACCAACAGAAUCGUGAUCUACCAGAAUUAAUUAAGAAGUACUUUAUUACUGUUGCAAACCCUCAACUUUCUGUUGUUGGUAUUAGGAUUCUCGGAAAUAUUAUUGAAGAAAUGAAUACACUCACUACAAGAAAAAGCUUGACACAACAUCGUAAAAUUGCUGUUUCAUUCAGAGAUUUAGCUUUGAGAGGAAUUUUUGAAACUGCCAUUUUUACUUUGAAAGACGUUUUAAGAGCUCUUGGAGCACUUUGUCAAGAGGCUUUAGAACUUUCAUUAAGUUGUUUAAAGUUUGAUUUUGUUGGUAUAUUCCCUGAUGAAUCUUCAGAAGACAUAGGCACUAUUCAAAUACCUGCUGCUUGGAGACCUCUGUUCGAAGAAUCUGACACCUUAGAAUUAUUUUGGAAUUUAUAUACUACAUUAACAAAUGCCAAGUUAAGGAAGGACGUUCUGCAAAUUCUUGUUUUAUUGUGCAGUGUAAGGCGAUCACUCUUUACAGGAGAUGAUGAACGAAAACAAUUUUUAUCCAAGUUUUUUGAGGGAAUGUGUACUAUCUUACAAUCACGAUAUGGUCUUGACGAUCAAGAUACCUACCAUGAGUUUUGUAGACUUUUAGCGCGUAUCAAGUCAAAUUUCCAACUUAAUGAAUUUGUUGCAUGCAAAGGUUAUGUACAGUGGCUAGAUUUAUGUGCCAAUUUUUCAAUUGAAAGUUUCACCUCUCUUGAGUGGUCGAAUCAAUCAGUUUAUUAUAUUUUAAAUUUAUGGUCAAGACUUGUUGCUUCAAAGCCUUACUUAAAGUCUGAAAAUGAAAGUUAUCUAGAAAAAUACGUACCAGAAAUAUGUAAAAAGUAUACAAUUUCCAGAUUAGAAUAUGCUAGACUUUGUGCACAUGAUGAAUGUGAUGACAACCCAUUAGACCACAAAGAAAAUUUAGAUGAGCAAUUAGAUGCUAUACCCCAACUUGUUCAUUUUGAUUACAAAACAGCUGGACAACAUUUAACCGAUCUUUUCGACCCUGUUUUGCAGUUAUACUUGGAAUCUGUUAACAAUAAGGUACAUAUGAAAAAUUUGAACGAACUAGAACAAAAAUUGACAUGGCUCACUUACAUAGUUGGUUCUGUUAUUGGUAAAAGAUAUGUUAGCUCGCUAUCUGUUGAUGAAGCUGAACUAUUGGACGGCACAUUAUCUGCCAGAAUUUUGAGAUUAAUUCCUUUAAUAGAUAUUAGAAUUAAGAAUUAUUCAUUUUCUAACCAUCUUAAAGAUGAAUCAUUACAACAUCUGGAAUAUGCUUUGUUAUAUUUUAUGAAAAAUUUUAAGAAAUCAUACCUUGGUGAUUCAUCAACCUCUGUUGGUAAUGGUAACAAUCCAAAGAUUUUUGUACGACUAGCCGAACUUUUAAAUAUUGGUGAACAACUUCAGGUAUUGAAUAUUUUUAUUGGAAAGAUAGCAAGUAAUUUGAAAGUAUGGGCUAAAGUUGAUAAUAUAGUUACUGAAACUAUGGGACUCUUUGAUGAAAUAGCUUCAGGCUACAAUAGUGCUAAACUGGCAUCAAAGCUUGAAACAACUCAAUAUCUUUUGUUGAAUCAUGGUCCUGAAAAUUUCCCAUUUUUGAAUGAAAUUACAAAUCUUAGACAAAGAACAGCUUUUUACAAGACGCUAUGUAAACUCCUUUUUUUACAAAAUUAUACAGAAGAUGAUUUUACAUCAUUUAUCAAACCAUUGGAAUCAGUUAGUGACAGAUUAAACUCUAUAGAUAAUCCAGAAAUUUUCAAACAGGAAGGUGUUAAAAACGCUCUAAUAGGAUGGUGUCGUGACCUUCGAGGAAUAGUAUUUGGUUGUAAUAAUAAGAGAACUUAUACAUUCUUUUUUGAAUGGUUUUUUGACAAGUACAGUGGAAUUUUGGAAAAGGCUGCUCAAGUCUGGUAUGCUGAUCAAUUUGUUAUGAAUUCAUUGUUGAAAUUUUUAGCAGAUUUUGUAUUGAACAAGAAUCAAAGAAUUGCUUUUAGUUAUAGCUCACCUCAUGGUAUUUUAAUAUUCAAAAAGACAAGCUCUAUUUUGACAAACUAUGGUCAAAGACUCCAUAACGUGCCAAUCAAAAAGGAAGCGUACGCUGAAAAAUAUAAGGGUAUUUGCACUAGUAUGAAUAUUUUAUCCAGAUGUUUGGCUGGUAAAUAUUGUAACUUUGGCGUUUUUGAUUUGUACAAAGAUCCUGCCCUCAAUGAAGUUUUGAAUACUGUUAUUCGUCUUGCACUUAGUAUUCCAUACUCGGAUAUAAUGGCAUAUCCAAAAUUAUGCAGAGCAUACUAUGGAUUGAUGGAAACCCUUUUCCAAGAACAUACCCAUACAAUUAUUAGAUUUGAAACAUCCAUUUUCUUACAAAUAUUGAGCUCUCUUGAAGAAGGUGUUUCCAUUGAAGAAUUGAGCUUAUCUUCUCAAGUUUGUGCUGCUUUGGAUAACCUUUUUACUUUUUAUUAUACUCAAGCUAAGAAAAAUACUCCAGAUGCUCAAGUUUUAGCAAAUCACUUAAAACAGAACGAUAAUUUGAUUCCAAAUAUGUUAACUCAAUUCUUUAGAAUAAUUAUUUUGGAAGAAUGUGGCAAUCAGUGGAGUCUAUCAAGGACCAUGUUGGUAUUGAUAGUACUUAACCCUUCAUUCUAUGAAAAUUUGAAACAAGUAAUUAUCAAUUCUGUUGCUGGAGAUGAUGUUGAACGAGCAUCCAAAGUGAGGGAGGCUUUCGAUAAGCUAAUGGAUGGUGUUGAAAUUAAUUUAGAACCAAAGAAUCGUGACAAAUUUACUGGGAAUCUAAUAACGUUCAGACAAGAUGUACGAAAUGUAAUUUAAAUUGGCUGUAAUUAAAAUUAUUU